AUGACCGCAAAUGCGCCGCGAUCAUACACCACGACCUCGCUGAAGCGUUGGUCUGUCUUGAACAAAGAGCUUCCUUCUGUCUCUCAAAUUCGAGCAAUCCAUGUUUAUGACUUUGACAACACCCUUUUUCUGAGCCCACUUCCCAACCCGCAGUUAUGGAACGGAGGUACGAUUGGAUUCCUUCAGGCAUAUGAGAGCUUCGCAAAUGGCGGCUGGUGGCACGACCCUACAAUCCUGGCUGCUACAGGAAGUGGAACCGAGAUCGAGGAGCCUCGAGGAUGGCAAGGAUGCUGGAAUGAGCAGAUUAUCCGCUUGGUGAGACUUAGUAUGGAACAGAAAGAUGCCCUGACUGUGCUCUUGACCGGCCGAGGCGAGGCUAAAUUUGGCGAGCCCAUCAAACGCAUGGUGGCAAGUCAGAACCUCGAUUUUGAUUUGGUCGGGCUGAAGCCCGAGGUUGGGCCCAACGGCCAGCGCUUCACUUCUACCAUGGCGUUCAAACAGAAUUUCCUGCAGGAUCUUCUUUUCACUUACAAACAGGCUGAAGAAAUUCGUGUUUACGAGGACCGUGUCAAACAUGUGUCCGGCUUCAGGGAUUUCUUCGAGGAUGUGAACAGAAAAUUGCAGAAUGAACCUGAUGCUCCUCGAACGCCCACGACGGCUGAAGUGAUCCAGGUCUCAGAAGAUACCAGAUAUCUCGACCCGGCUACCGAAGUUGCGGAGGUGCAGCGAAUGAUUAAUUCACACAAUCUUGCGUUGGGCAAUCUCUCCGGAACCAAGAAUCGGAUGCGCAUUAAGCGGACAGUUUUCUACACUGGGUACUUGCUUUCUGCACAAGACUCAAACAAAAUGGUUGAGAGUCUGCUCGUACCGCUUUUGCCUCCAGGGAUGUCUGAAGCAAACAAUUUAAAAUACAUGGCUAAUAGCAUCCUUAUCGCACCCCGUCCCGCUCCCAAGUCCAUCUUGGAGAAGAUUGGAGGCAUGGGAAAGAAACUAAGCUGGCAGGUCACUGGAACCGGAUGUUAUGAGAACAGAGUUUGGGCGGCUCGUGUGAGGCCCAUUCCAGCUACAGAGACAAUCUACACUGAAAAUUCCACCCCUCUCAUUGUCCUAGCUGUUCGCAAAGGGUCACGCCCAAUUGAUGCAGGCAAAAUCCAGAACUGGCACCCCGUUCCUGCCGAAAUGGCCAUGACCUUUGAAGCUAUUAUUGGUGAGAAGGUGGUUCUUCGGGUCGAGGCAGACAACCCUCAGGAGGGCGAAUGGGAGAGCCAGUUCAUGAAUAAAGGUCACAAGAGGCGCUUCCAAGACCGAAACGAGGAGAUUUUAUACCCUCAGUCUGGCCAGACCAACGGAUACGAAGGCUAUGUGCAAGCGCAAGGCCAAUCGCAUGGUUACCACCCGUAUCAGAAUAACCGCAAUAACCACGACGACGGUCCCCGCAGGGGCUCGGGUCGUGGUCGUGGUCGUGGAAACGGGCGCGGGCGAGGUGCUCGGGGAGGCCGUGGCCGAGGUCGUGGCGGGUCAAACCCCUACUACAAGUCCUUGGAUGAUCAAAGUGGACAUGAGCCAACGAAUGAUUCCAAGGGUGGCAAUGCAGGUGGUGGGUUCUCAAUGGACUACUGA